AUCCAUAACUUACUUGUCAUUUAGGCGGUGUGUUCACGGGUCUCGCUAUGCCAGCAGCACAAGGGUGGUCAGUGGUCACUUAAUACAGGUGGGGUCAGCGGUCACUUUGUACAGGUGGGGUCAGCAUUCAUUUUUUACAGGUGGAGUCAGCAAUCACUUUGUACAGGUAUGGUCAGUAGUCACUUCUCACAGAUGUGGUAAGUGGUCAAUUGGUACAGGUGUGGUCAGCAAUGAAUAGGUGUAGUCACUUGUCACUUUGUUCAGUUGUGAUUAUUAGAAGACAAUUUACAGUAGGCAACACCAAAUGGUAUCAUUACAAUAUUGAUCACAGGAGACAACAGCAAACGGUAUUACAAUAUUGAUCUUGAAAGACAGAACCACAAGUUUUAAUUAUAUUGAUACAGGGGACAGAAUAACAAUAAUACUAUCCUGAUGCUGUAACUUCCUCCUACAGGUUGCAGGAUCAGGAAACAUGUACCAAUCUGAUAUACUGUGGAGAUUUGGGUUCAUUGUUACACCUCUAGAAUCUGGUUUACCUGGUGGCUAUGUUGUGUUACACAUAUACGAUCUGAUGCAUCCUGGGGUUGGAGAUAUUGUGUUACUUUAUACCUGUAAAAUCUGCUGUACCCCAGGAUAAGGUGACUGUGUUAAUCCUGUACAACCUGAUGUGCCCAGAGGUUUGUUCGGUGUACAAGUCAACCUUGUACUUAGUCAGUGUGCUAUUAUAGCUAGUAGCCAUCAUACAAGACUUUUUAAUGCAAUAUUCUUCCAUGUAUAAUUCUAGAAUGUGAUACAUACACAGUGGAAUACACCGUGACCAGCUUCUGAUCGACAUCUUUUAUAACAUCUGAAUCAAGAGUUUUUAUGUAAAAGUAACUACAUUGGUUAUGUUCAGAACUUGAGGCUCAUUUACUCUCAGAAUGAGGCUCACAUCCUCUCAAAAUGAGGCUCACAUCCUCUCAGAAUGAGGCUCAUUUACUCUCAGAAUGAGGCUCACAUCCUCUCAGAAUGAGGCUUGGGAAAGUUUGGUCAUCAUUUUUAGGAGGAAAGAAAUCUUUGUAUAGAUGACAGCAUCAUUAGGGAAAAGUCACAGGGAAGGGGGUCACUUUAAGAAGGUGCCAGGAAGAAAGGGGUCACUUUGUUGGUGCCAGGAAGAACGGGGUCAAUUUAAGGAGGUACCAGGAAGAAAGGAAUCACUUUGGGGGUGCCAGGAAGAAAGGGGUCACUUAAGGGGUGCCAGGAAGAAAGGGGUCAAUUUAAGGAGGUGCCAGGGAGAAAGGAAUCACUUUGGGGGUGCCAGGAAGAAAGGGGUCACUUUAGGGAUGCCAGGAAGAAAGGGGUCACUUUAAGGAGGUGCCAUGAAGAAAAGGAUAACUUUAAGGAGGUGCCAGGAAGAAAGGGGUCAAUUUAAGGAGGUGCCAGGAAGAAAGGGGUCACUUUAAGGAGGUGCCAGGAAGAAAGGGAUCACUUUGGGGUUGCCAGGAAGAAAGGGGUCACUUUAAGGAGGUGCCAUGAAGAAAGGGAUAAUUUUAAGGAGGUGCCAGGAAGAAAGGGGUCAAUUUAAGGAGGUGCCAGAAAGAAAGGGGUCAAUUUAAGGAGGUGCCAGGAAGAAAGGGGUCACUUUAAGGAGGUGCCAGGAAGAAAGGGGUCACUUUAAGGAGGUGCCAGGAUAAAAAAAUGGGGUCACUUUAAGGAGGUGCCAGGAAGAUAGGGGUCACUUUGGGGGUGCCAGGAAGAAAGGGAUCACAUUAAGGAGGAGUUAGAAAGAAAGAGGUCACUGCAGGGAAGUGUUAGGAAGAAAUGAUGGUUGUAAAAUGAAGUGGAGAGGAAGGGGUUUGAUACAGGGAAGUGUAGGGAGGAUAAGUCAUUCUAGGUGUCAUUAGGAAGAUGGUCAUGGUGACAUUAUUCCUUGAAGUGUGUGGCUAGUAUAUAUGUUUUAAAAGUUAUCAGCUGUUCAUUUCUCUUCUAACUUAUGCAUUUGUUUCCAUGUCUACUGUUUUUAAUCAUUCUCUAUUGCUAAUGUUGGUGUCUGAGAGAGUAAGGUGUGAGGAAAGAGAGAGAAGAAUGAAGUGAGAGGAAGGGAGAAAGGAGUAAGAAUGCAGUGCAGCAAAUGCAUUGUCACAAAUAUUCUAUUUGAGGGAUUUCUUUCCAUAUUUUAAAUUGUUUCAUGGUGAUGUCUUUCGUCUACAAGAUACUGUGCUGAUUUAUUGUAUAUUUUCUGUAUAGUAUAUAUCUGUACAGCGUUUCAGUAUACCUGUACAGUGUAAAUAUUCGGUAGUUUUACCUCUGUACAGCAAACCUUUCUUCCAACAUAUGUCUGACCCAAUUAAUUUACAGACAUGCAUCUACAAGGUAUAUGUUUAUAAUGUGUUAUUAGUAGAGAUUGAGAAAUACUAUACACUUGAUAUGAUAAUGUAAAAAUGUCUACAAAUCCUGUACAACUACUAGUUUGUGUCAAAGAACACAAAUUUCCUGUAACAGCCUCUCAGUGCUAACCAAUAUCAUCUGUUUGUAAGUUACUUGUUAAGAGAAGUGUGACUUAAUUUUAAACAAUUUUAAUUCUUUUGAUGCAUUGAAGCUGUGCUUAUGCAACAUGUGGAAUCUUGAACAACAUGUUGUUUACAUAACAAAAUGUUCAUCUGGCGAAGUGUUGUUUAUCUAGCAACAAGUCUGGCUAGCAAAUUAAUGUUCAUUUGGCAAAAUGUUGAUUAUCGAGCAAAAUGUUGAUUAUCUUAACGACCUGUUCAUCUACAUAGUGACAUGUGUUUUUUCUAUCUCUAUGUAUCAACCUGUGGUUGAGACAUGUUUAAAUAGAGACUUGUUAUUUAUCUAGUGACACUCUACAGACAGGUGGUCUGUGCUGUAACCAGGAAAACGUGUAAAAUCAAUACUGCCUUUACCUGAACUGGUUGAAUGUCAUUGAGAUAUGCAUGACUUGCUGAUUUCAAUGUGAUUUAAUCAUCAAGGAUUUUAUAUUAGACAUUCUCAGGCUUGUGUUCUUUUUCUGCUCCAAGUAUACUUAUACCCAUUUUUCAUACUGGUCAGGACUGGUCCAACCAUAAAACCUGCCAGCAAUCACUUAGCAUUACAACAGACAAGAAGGUAAAGGAUUGUUGACCAAUAGGUAUUGGGCAGAGACCACCUGACUAGCACCAGCAUAUAUAGAGGUCGCCUUGCAAGUGUUUGCAAAGACUGCCUGGCCAGUACUGGUGUGGGCAGAGGCUGCCUGGCCAGUAUUGGUGUUGGCAGAGGCUGGCUGGCUGGUACCAUUAUGGGUGGAGACUGCCUGGCCAGUAUCGGUGUGGGCAGAGGCUGCCUGGCGAGUAUUGGUGUGGGCAGAGGCUGCCUGGCUGGUACCAUUACGGGUGGAGACUGCCUGGCCACUAUUGGUGUGGGCAGAGGCUGCCUGGCUGGUACCAUUAUGGAUGGAGACUGCCUGGCCAGUAUUGGUGUGGGCAGAGGCUGCCUGGCCAGUAUUGCUGUGGGCAGAGGCUACCUGGCCAGUAUUGGUGUGAGCAGAGGCUAUCUGGCUGGUACCAUUACGGGUGGAGACUGCCUGGUCAGUAUUGGUGUGGGCAGAGGCUGCCUGGCCAGUAUUGGUGUUGGCAGAGGCUGGCUUGCUGGUACCAUAGUGGAUGGAGACUGCCUGGCCAGUAUUGGUGUGGGCAGAGACUGCCUGGCCAGUAUUGGUGUGAGCAGAGGCUAUCUGGCUGGUACCAUUAUGGGUGGAGACUGCCUGGCCAGUAUCGGUGUAAGCAGAGACUGCCUGGCUGAUACCAUAGUGGAUGCAGGCUGCCUGGCCAGUUGCAAUUUGUGGGUUAGCGGCUAGGCCAACACCAGCGUUUUAUAUUAUAUGUAUUGUGUAUGUAGUAAGUGCUUGUACCCAAAGUGGUUACUUCCUGUUGUAUAUAGAAAUAUUAUAGUGUAUCUACUGUAAUUUAAAUUCUUCUGAAUGCAUUCAGGAACUUGUUGGAUAUUUUGCAAACUAGAGAAGAAAGAAAGAGCAUGUUUAUAAACAAGCUUGCUUCUGUCAUUGUUACUAUACUUAACAAAUCAUGAACGGCUGCAAUCAUGGAAAAGUAUUCUAAUAAAAGGUACAAACUAAA